GGAAACUAAACCCUUUCACGUCCAGCACGUCCACGCCGGUUCCUCCCAUCGUUGUCAACAGAUUUCAAUUUUUUCCACGACGAUUUAUCUUCUAUUUCGUCAGCGGAUUGAAUUAAAAUCUGAUAGCCAAUUCAGCUAAAAUUACUGCUGCAUCGUGAAUCCGGCCCCAUUCGCUCAGUGAUCACAUUCCCCUCUGCUUGUGACCCCUUUAGGAGCCACGUGAACACUGCAGAACUAUGGUCCUCGACUUGGAUCUUUUCCGCACGGAAAAGGGUGGAAACCCUGAGAAGGUUCGAGCCAACCAAGCCCAGCGUUUCAAAAAUGUAGCCCUCGUGGAUACUGUCCUUGAGAUGGACGCAAAGUGGAGACAGCUUCGUCACAAAGCUGACACCUGGAAUAAGCUGAAAAACGUGUGCAGCAAGGAGAUUGGCGAAAAAAUGAAGAAAAAUAGAAAAUCAAACACAGACGAGAAAAAGGCUGCUCCAGAAAAAGAUCUGGUCGCCGAGUUUAAAAAAUCAGACCUCUCUAAUUUAGACAGUCAUUUAUCGCAAAACAGUUACAUUCAAUUUCAUCAGCCAACUUUGGCUGAUUACGAUCUAUUCAAACAUGUCAAAACUUUAUCGUGCAAAGAAUGGCCUAAUAUUUCAAGGUGGAUGAAUCAUAUUUCGUCCUUUGGUGACGAUGCCAAGAACUUUCCUCAGAAAAAAGAGGCCGCAGGAACUGACGAUACUUUGCCCGAUGGACUGGAAAGCAAACUGCUAGACCUUACAUCUGACCAAGUCAAAGCCCUCACUGUGACUCAGAUUAAAAGAGUUCGUGUUUUGAUUGACGAGGGAAUUGUCACAAACGAGCAAGAUUUGAUCGAAACUGAAAAGACCCGAAAUAAUGCUCUGAGAGAAAUUGGAAACAUUACUCAUCCAACUGUACCUAUCAGCAAUAAUGAGGAUGAGAAUAAAAUUGAACGUACUUUCGGUGAUUGCGAAGUGAGAAAGAAAUACUCUCAUGUUGAUCUGAUUCACAUGAUUGAUGGUAUGGAUGGCGAAAGAGGAGCUGUCGUUGCUGGUGGUCGUGGUUAUUAUCUUUGUGGCCCAGCAGUCUUCCUGGAGCAAGCGCUGAUACAACUUUCCCUUCGAAAGCUCAACGAGAAAGGUUACACUCCUCUCUGUACACCAUUUUUCAUGAGGAAGGAGGUGAUGCAGGAGGUUGCACAGCUUUCUCAGUUUGAUGAUGAAUUGUACAAGGUAAUUGGAAAAGGAAGCGAGAAAGCCGGAGACAAAGAUCUGGAGGAGAAAUACCUGAUUGCAACCUCUGAGCAGCCAAUCGCAGCCUUCCAUAGAGGAGAAUGGAUGGCUGAAGCGUCUCUGCCCAUCAGGUAUGCUGGGUUGUCCACAUGCUUCAGACAGGAAGUCGGAUCGCACGGCCGAGACACCAGAGGAAUUUUCCGUGUCCAUCAAUUCCAAAAGGUCGAGCAAUUCUGCAUCACCUCUCCGCAUGACAACAAAUCGUGGGAGAUGAUGGAUGAAAUGAUUGGAAAUGCAGAGGACUUUUGCCAGGCCCUUGGCAUUCCAUACCAAAUCGUGAACAUUGUUUCCGGAGCCUUGAACCACGCAGCCUCCAAAAAGUUGGAUCUUGAGGCAUGGUUCCCAGGUUCUGGUGCCUUCCGUGAGCUGGUCUCGUGCAGCAACUGCCUCGAUUACCAGUCCAGGCGACUGUUGAUUCGCUACGGCCAAACAAAGAAGAUGAACGCAACUACUGAGUAUGUUCACAUGCUUAAUGCCACAAUGUGCGCUACAACCAGAGUGAUUUGCGCCAUCCUUGAGAAUUACCAGACCGAGACUGGCAUCAAAGUGCCUGAAGCUUUGAAACCCUACAUGCCAGCAGCCUAUCAGGAGGAAAUCCCCUUUGUGAAAACCGCUCCCAUUGAAGAAAUCGACACCAAGAAGGGCAAGAAGCAGGCAGGGAAACAAAAACCUGCCGGGGAAGAAUAAUUUUUUCUUCUUUUAAAAGCUAUUUAUUUUGAUUAAUUUUGUUACCCAUUUCUCUUCUAUGAAAUAAACGGAUUCAAACAAUCAAUUUCAACACAAA